AUGACAUCAUCAAUAAAGAAAAUAAGUGAAAUGAAUUCACAGGAAUUAAUUGAAAAAUAUGGAGGUAACGGAUAUUGGUGGUUUUAUGAACUAGUUUUAACCGUUGAAGAUGUGAAAAACGUUACAAAUGUCAUCCUUAAUGGCGGCAACAGAGCUCAACAUAAACUUGGAUUCGUUAGAAGUGAAAUAACAGAUGAUAGUAUCAAGGAAGUAGCUGAAAUGUUAAAAGUUGAUAAUUCAUUAACACACAUUGCGAUUGAAGAAACUCCAAUUAGUCACGAUAGUAUAAAGCUGCUGUGUGAUGCAUUAAAGAGUAAUAAAACAGUCUUGAUUUUAGAACUUUACUUUAUUAAUGUGACAGAUGAUGAUGUACAGGAACUAGCUGAAAUGUUAAAAUUUAAUAAAGCAUUGAGAGAACUUAGAAUGGAACGUAAUCAAAUUACUGAUCGUGGUGUUAAAAUGUUAGCUGAUGUAUUAAGCAAUCAUAAUAGUACACUGGUACUUUUAGCUCUUAGUUAUAAUAAAAUAACGGACGAUGGUGCAGCUGAAUUCAGUGAAAUGUUAAAAGUGAAUAAAACAUUCGAAGAACUUCAAAUUGGUGACAAUCAAAUUGGUGAUCAGGGUAUGAAAAUGUUAUGUGAUGUAUUGACGACAGGUGGUGGUGAUGGGGGUAAUCGUACACUUACAUUUUUAUAUAUGAAUCGUAAUCAAAUAACUGAUGAAAGUGUUGAUAAGAUUGUUGAAAUGAUAAUAGUGAAUGACAACUUGAAACGUUUACAUCUUGCUGAUAUGCAAAUCUCGGAAGCGGGGUUUGAUAGAAUAUAUACAGCAAGAGGGACGAAAUCUAUGCAAAUUAUUAAAUAA